AUGAUUAGAAAUCCUUAAAAUCCAAUUGUGUUUUUUGAUGUGGCUAUUGCAGGUUAAAAAGUUGGAAGAAUUAGAAUUGAAUUGUAUGCUGAUGUAGUUCCAAAAACAGCUGAAAAUUUUAGACAAUUAUGCACUGGAGAAUAUAAGAAAUUUGAUAAACCUACUGGUUACAAAGGUUGUUAAUUUCAUAGAGUAAUCAAGGAUUUCAUGAUUUAAGGAGGUGAUUUUGUGAUGGUAUUUAUUUUAUAUAAGUAUAGGGGGAUGGAACAGGAUGUGUAUCAAUAUAUGGAGAUAAAUUUGAAGAUGAGAAUUUUUAAUUAAGACAUGAUGAACCUGGAUUAUUAUCAAUGGCCAAUUCUGGUCCAAAUAGUAAUGGUUGUUAAUUUUUUAUUACUUGUACUAAAUGUGAUUGGUUAGAUGGAAAACAUGUUGUCUUUGGUAAAGUAAUUGAUGCAGGAUCAAUGUAAGUAAUUAGAAGAAUUGAAACAACACCUGUUGGUCCUUAAAAUAAACCAAAAUAAAUAAUAAUUAUUGAAGAGUGUGGAGAAUUGUGAAU